AUGUCGUCCGCAAUUCACGACGAUGAAUUGUCUAUAUCGCUGCCGGCUUCCGGCGUCAACAAACCUCGUCCAUCGCUACCUCCCGUCGUCUCUCCACCUGUGCGCAAUGCGAUCCACACCCCGCAGUCUCAAUCAGAGUCACCGGGUACGAUGAGAGCAUUGAACCGGCUCAACCAAUACAACUUUGUCAAGACCAUCGGAGAGGGUUCAUUCGGCAAAGUCAAGCUUGCGAAGCACAAAGUCACAGGUCAAGAGGUCGCCAUGAAACAGAUCAACCGCCGAAAACUCAUAAGCAGAGACAUGGCUGGACGGGUUGAGCGAGAGAUUUCUUAUCUACAACUUCUGCGACACCCACAUAUCAUCAAGUUAUAUUCCGUCAUCAACACAAAGACCGACAUCUUCAUGGUCCUCGAAUACGUCCCCAUGGAACUGUUCGAUUACAUUGUCAAACAUGGUAGGCUAGGCGAAGCCAAGGCGAGGAAGCUCUUCCAACAGAUCAUUUGCGCCGUCGAAUACUGCCACAGACAUAAGAUCGUCCACCGAGAUCUGAAACCCGAAAACCUCUUACUGGACAAAAACAUGAACGUCAAGAUUGCCGAUUUCGGUCUAAGCAACAUCAUGACAGACGGCAACUUUCUUAAGACAAGUUGUGGUAGCCCUAAUUAUGCCGCGCCCGAAGUGAUUGGGGGCAAGUUGUAUGCUGGUCCAGAAGUGGAUGUCUGGAGCUGCGGCGUCAUCCUAUACGUCUUUCUCGUGGGCAGGCUGCCCUUUGACGAUGAGUUCAUCCCGGCACUCUUCAAAAAAAUCCAGGCUGGCAAUUUCCACAUCCCAUCACAGACACCUGCAGGCGCAGUCAACCUCAUCAAGAGGUGCUUACAGGUCCACCCCGUUCAUCGUAUCACAAUACCAGAGAUCAGACAGGAUGAGUGGUUUCUGAAGGGUCUUCCUGCAUACCUGACUGAGCCUGUCGAAGAGUUCCUCAAUACUGGUGUUGACGCAUCUAAGCCGAUUGAUCCGAGCCAGCUCGCGCCCGGAAAGCCAAAGGAGGAAGCCGAGCAGCUUCACGAGCAGGUAGUUUCCCGACUUGGACGCACGAUGGGCUAUGCAAAAGACGAUGUCAAGGAUGCCCUGAAGAAAGAAGAGCCCAGCGCAAUUAAGGAUGCAUACUUGAUCGUGCGGGAGAACCAACUCAUGCUGAGCGCUCCUCAAUAUACCGCCGAUAAUCCUCAACUGGAAUUGUUCCUCGCGUCUUCGCCUCCCAUUGGAGAUAAUUAUGCCAUGUCACCUAUGGCGCAGCGCUUGCAGCAAGACGAAGUUCGACCAUUGACCCCAUCCAAAGGCGGCCGAGACCCACCGCGCGCGAGCCGAACUCUGUCGGACACGCCUUCUGUCCCACGUGAGGAAGAGCGGCCGAGAAUAUCCAACGUGCGAGUGCUCAAUACCUCAUUGCAUCAUGUCCAUCAUGAGCUCAUGCAAAUACGAGAUAAAGCCAAGGCUCGUGGUGAUGAUCCGGACUUGGCUUUGUACCCUGCACAGAACGAAGAGUCGACAGUCCCAAUCCCAGAAGAGGUCAAGGAUAAUGAAGGCAAUCCGAUCUUCCGAUCAAAAGAGGAACAAGAAGCUACUUCGAAGGCUUUGAAGCCUCAUUCGCGAUCGGUCACCAAUAUGAAUGAGUUGAGAGAUGUGCUAAAGCCCGCAACCAUGACUCCUGUGCCAGUGGACGACAAAAAGGCUGCAAAGAAGGCCCGCCGAUGGCAGUUCGGCAUACGAUCUCGCAACCAGCCUUAUGAAGCAAUGCGGUGUCUAUAUGGUGCACUUAAAGACGUUGGCGCUGAGUGGGAGAUACUUCCUGCCAGCGCAGCCGAUGUCACACCGGAGGGCGAAGAGAUUGAUGCCAACCCUCUACCACCUGACCUGGAAUCCGGUGAGCAGUACACGGUGCUUCAGUCAAAGUAUUCCACCCUGCCUCCUGACUAUUACAUUCCACGUGACGCGUGGAGUAUUCGAGCUCGCAUUCUCAAAAAGGGAAUGCUAAUGCCGGGAGAAGCACCUUCAAAUUCGGCAAAUAGUUCAGCUGUGAGCCUACCAAACGAGGCGAAACACCAGAUGAGAAGACACAUUGAGGAGCUUGGCGGCUUCGCAUCGGAAGACGUUGCCAGAGCGCUCGGCAGUUAUCAAGGCAUGGCCCCGAAAACCAAAUCAGCUGUCAAUAGCGAAUCUUCAACACGUCCAAACAGCAGCUUCGGUGAGCACGGACAUGACGCGUUCACGGGUCCAGCGCAACCGUCCAGCAAAUCCGGCAGUGUUUCCAGCAUGCCCAAGAAGCUGCCAAGUGAACACAUUGGCGUAUGGAUCUUCAUCGAUAUUCAGCUCUACACCUUGGAAACGAAUGUGUAUGUUGUCGACUUCAAGUGCGACGGGUACCAGAAUGUUGUCUGGCAUGAUCCCAAGAAGGAUAAAGAGCGAACUAAAAGCCCCCAGAGCCACAGCGCUGUUACUAGCCCUGUCUCUAGCAGGCCGACGAGUGGCUUUGAGCAUGCUAGCAGCCAGUCUGGUACCGAGGAUUCCCAGGAUUCCGGUGGAUAUUGGACACCAAUGAGCACGAGGUAUCGCCAGGAGAAGGAAAUAUCUAGUCCUUACCCUUUCCUGGAUGUGGCAAGUGAUUUGGUUGCACAGCUCGCAAGUCAGCCUCAAUAG